AUGUUUUUGAAAGAACUGCCAGAUUACGCAUUUUCUUUAGCGGAAGUGACUGCAGAAAUUUUCAAAAGGUUGGUUGCUGUCCAAGUCCAACAACUGAUAAUGCAGUUAAGAAGCAGAUCUGUCGGUAGCAGUGAUGAUAAAUCGGCAAAGGUUGCAAAUGGGAAUGGUGACUCCGGAGCUACAUGUACCAAUGGCGUAGCUAAGAAUACAAUCAUUGCUGAGCCAACAACUCAUAUUCUGUCUUGGCCAGAGUAUGUUCUCUAUCAGAUUGUGACGCCAUUAUUUUUGAUCACCUGUUCCCCAAAUUUUAUCAUCCUUUUGUGGUUCACUUGCACAAAAUGUGAUGGCAGUUUCAUGAAGCUGUACAACGAUCAUUUCGUCAAGGAUGGUGUCGUGACAACUUUAGUUAGUAUUUGGAGCUCGAUAAGCAUUAUCAACCCAUUCACUCUGUGCUUGAUAUACGGCUAUGCGCUCUUUGCUUUACUUCUACAAAUCAUGGUACCUGGGCCCAGGGCGGAAGGGCCUGUAACCCCUAAAGGAAAUGUACCCGUCUAUAAGGACAAUGGAUUCAGUUGCUAUGUCAUCACCAUGGUAACAUUCGCUGGAUUGACCUACUAUCUGAAACAACAUGGAAUGUCGCCUACAAUUGUCUAUGAUCGCUUCGGUGAGAUUCUAGGGGCUUUGAACAUUUUUAGUCUCCUAAUCUGCUUGGUUUUGUACUUCAAAGGAAAAUACAUGCCUUCAACAGAGGAUAACAGUACGACUGGGAAUCCACUGUUUGAUUACUACUGGGGAACUGAGCUCUACCCAAGAAUAUUUGGAGUCGAUGUGAAAGUAUUCACCAACUGCAGAUUUGGAAUGACUGUUUGGCCAUUAUUGGUCUGUAUCUUUGCCCUGAAGAGCUAUGAACUCCAUGGAUUUGUAGACAGUAUGUUUGUCUGUACAUUCCUCCAGAUGUUUUAUUUCACUAAGUUCUUCUGGUGGGAGGCAGGUUACAUGGGUACCAUUGAUAUAAUGAUGGAUCGGGCAGGGUUCUAUAUUUGCUGGGGAUGUCUUGUUUAUAUCGCUGGUUUAUAUGGAUCGGUAAGUCUCUAUAUGGUAAACCACCCAGUUCAGCUUGGUGUCGGUUUAACCGCAUUGCUUCUCACUGUGGGAAUCUUGAGUACGAUUGUCAACUUCUGGGCUGAUAUGCAAAAGCAACAAGUUCGUAACUCUAAUGGAAAUUGUCUUAUAUGGGGCAAAAAACCUGACAUCAUCAGAGCUAAAUAUCGCAUUGAAAAUGGGGACGUCAAAGAGAGUAUUUUACUCGCGAGUGGAUUCUGGGGUAUAUCACGUCAUUUCCAUUACAAUGCUGAGUGGUUGCUUGCCUUUGCAUGGAGUGUCCCAGGUUUAUUUGAGAAUGUCAUGCCUUAUGUCUAUUUUAUUUGGCUCUUGAUUCUUCUUUCUCACAGAUCAUUUCGGGAUGACACAAAGUGUCAUAACAAGUAUAAGCAAUACUGGGAACAAUAUCGCCAAAAGUCUUCAGGCAGUAAAGAAAUGGUGCUCCAAGAGCUUAAGGGGAGCUCCCCUCCCAAUUUCCCCUAAAUAAUAUGGAUCCAAUUUAUGACAUGUGUAAAAGCUUUUUAGGUCAGAAUUGGCUAUUCUAAAUCAGAAUUGGCAAUUGUUUAGACCAUCUCUCGAUAGCUUUGGAUAAAAUUACAACCGAAUCUACUUGCAUAAA